AUGGNUUCUGGAAUAUUUGGAGACCUCAUUAAAGAAAAAGUGGAUACAUCUCCACAUAUGUACGUUAUCACAGCAGAUCGUUUUUCUGUAGCAACGUAUACGGUUCCAGCUAAAAUCUGGUUAGCCAUCGCUAUUACGACAAUUGUUGUGGCAAUAAUUCUAUCGAAAAUAAUGAAAUACAAUCAUCGAAAUGCAACAGAUGAAAGACAAUGGAACGUAAAACAAACGUUUUGGUUUCUUUUUCGAACAUUUUCUACACAAGGUGCAGAUAUACAUCAUAUAAUGAAAACCGCAUCUAGAAUAUCUGUAGGAAUAUGGCUGCUGUGCUCCAGUGUUUUAGUUUAUAGUUACGCUGGUAAAUUGGUAUCAUAUUUGAGUGCCCCAGUACAAAUACCUCUGCCGACAACAUUUCCUGAACUAGUAAAUGCAGUUAAAGCUGGAAAAUUAUCAUGCGGAGGAUAUAACACAGGAGGAGUAAACAGAUUCAUACGGAAAUCGAAAAAUGGUUGGAAAAAAAUCAUGAGAGAUCAUAUCUUAGAAAAUGGUAACUUCCUCAACGGCGACGACGAAGCAAUUUUUCGACUAAAACAGGGAAAAUUCGCAUUUAUUGGCGAUAUUUACAGUAUUACAAAAUUGAGGAAAAGAAUAAGAGGAAAAUGGUACAUAUCUGACGAUGCUCUCGGAACCUUUCCUGUUGGCUACGUCGUCAGGCGAACUUUUCCAUAUAAAAAAAACAUGAAUAAGUUUAACACCAGAAUGUUUGAAUCUGGAAUCAACGAUAAAAUAUUUCCAAGAGACAGAAUUCCUGAUGACGUGUCUGACUCAGAGGCGAAACCACUAACUUUGGGAAACAUUUACGGGCAUUUAUUUCUUCUGGCGAUUGGAUAUUUGAUAACGUUCAUUUGCUUUAUAAUAGAAACAAUUGUUGGAAAUUUCAAAAAUCAAACUCGUUAAACUCGGUAAACCAAAUUAGAUCUGGCGAUUUUCGUUCCGCUUAAUUGUUAACAUUUCUAAUUUUCGAAACGACUUAUUAUUUUAAAAUUUUCAAAACUAGUUCGAAAUAAC